AUCUCUCUUCUCUCCUUUCAUAUCCAUCUCCCUUCGUACAGUCAUGACGCUUCAUUCUUCGAGAGAGUGUGGCGACCCCUGUGUGAUAAACUAAAUCGCCAUAUUUCAACGCUUAGUCACACCGCCCCUUAGGGGCUAAUCUCGCUAAACCUCCCUUAAAGACUUCAACCUCCCCGGAUCAUCGCCAAAGACACAAACUCAUCCGUCAGUCUUACACGAUGUCGCAAGUAUCUACCGAUUCGACUCUUGUCGCAGAUGUCGAGGAGUCGAUUGAAGUUGUUGCGGUAGCUGUUGGGAAGGUGGCCCGUGAGGAGAAUGAUUCCCACAGUGUCACAAUCGUGAUUUCUGACCUUCCUAAGAAGCGAUUGCGGGAUGAGUGCAAGUAUCGCGGAUGGUCGAAAUUGAAAGGCUCGCCUCCAAUACACGUCACAACAGCCGAGACCUUGCAAGAGACCAUAGACAGUAUCAAGCCCACUUCAAAGCGCACUGUCCUAAACUUGCUUAGCAGCAGCGAGGUUGAAGAGAUAUCCUUCAACGUUCCAUCGCACUUUGACAAGCUCAAGGUCCUUCGGUGCGCAUCCAAGCGCGACAAAGGGAAAUUGCUGAUCGAUGGCUCUUCCACAUAUCACCACAUCCGCCUGGAUAAAUGGGAAGCGCACCGCCACAAGUACCAUACCCUCAUCUUGGGCUACCAGAGAGGAGUUCGCAUCAAGUUAGCCAGCAUUGCUCCCAACACCCCAUGGUCGCGGAUCGUACGAAAUCACGACGACUAUUCUUCAACUGAAGUAGAUGAGAUACUUCAACUCUUUGAAAAGUUGGCAGGUACCAACGGCCAAUGGGCUGAAAUCAAAGGCACAGUGGCGGCGAUACUAAGCCUCGUCAUUGGAACGUAUAAGUCUGUGAUGGGAAUGAAGGCAGGUGAAGGUGGAAUUGACGUGAGGUACGCGUUCGGCAUUACAGCAGCUGAGCUUGGCGUGGUCAGCACUAAACUGGCGCCUAUCGCUACUGCAGCCGGCCCCGCUGUUGCCCUAGGGGUUGUGGCGGCUGCAGCAGUCUAUUUUAUCCCCUGGGAUAUGCUUUUCGACUACCUAAAGUCCGGCCUGUCUUGGAUCUGGGAUAAGAUCUGCAAACUCUGGGAGAAAUUCAAGUGCUGGGUCCAGAGCCUUUUCACUGGCGCAUCGGAGACCCCUCAAGAUUCGAUGCCCAGGGCCAUGACUUUCUCACGAUGAUGUUGUAUAUAUGACUCUAUACCUGAUGCCCGAAUGAGGUGUCGCUGAUUUUGAACAUUACGAAGAUUGGAAGGCGUUAACUAAGGGAAAUGGUUGGGACCGGUUUAUAUCUAUCAAGCUUGAUAUUUCAUGCUUUCAAAUACCUACAUACAUACAUGGUUUUUCUUUUAUAUAAUUAAAUAGAAAGCCAAAGAAGAUACCAACAGGAUUUAUUUCAAUACAAUUCGAGAGAACAUAAAUUGUUUUUCUUAUCA